AUGCAGCAUCUGUCCGAGACUGUAUUUAUGGGACUGAGUUUCAUAGUGGGUACCUCACAGCAGGUGAUCAUGAGGAGAGAGUUGGUGGACUUCAGGGACAUGAUGGUAAAUCAAGUAAUAGAAACAACAGGAGACAGAAUGUUGACUAGUGGGAGUCGCAGAGAAGGAUUCAGACUACAGAGUUCAGAUAUGGACGGCAUGUUUUGGCGAAGUGACCACACGGUAAUAUGGAACUUAGAUCAGGUUCAGAAUUAUUACUUAAGUAGAAAAACACUGAUUCUCUGUGAUUGUACAGAGAGCCCUCCAGGGUAUGGGUUACUUGAAUUAAUGACACCAACAAACAUGGAAAGUGUACAGAAUGCAUGUAUGAGAGUAAAUGACAGGCUCUAUAUAUCCAGUUCAAAAUACAGACAAAUCACAUGUUCAGUAGUUAUACCUAAUUCUAUGGAACAUGGUCCGUGUGGUAGUGGUGUUAUAGUGGGAGGAGGAGAGUAUGACACUGCCCAGUGUUUUGUCUCUGAUUGUUGGCCUCCUCCUGCCUCCAAAUGGGUAGACAGAUGUCACUCAUGGCCACCAUCUUAUACUGUUGAUGACAUAGUCAGAAAUGGAUGCCACUUUGUAGCAAUAGGACACAAACUAGGAAAACACGCAGACAAAGAAUGGAGAAUUUCCUUCUCUUUAGCAGAACAAAAACUUGUAUAUUCAAUGAAUCAUAGCCAAUUCUUAACCUACGGGCUGCUUAAGCUGUUCUUAAAAGAGUCUAUUAAUCAUGGAUUAAGGGACGAGGAUAAAUUUCUGUGUUCGUAUCACAUGAAGACAGCAGUUCUCUGGAUGAUUCAACAAAACACAUUGCAUCAUUGGUUUCCACAAAAUUUACUGGAGUGUUUCUGGGUCUGUUUUAAACUUAUCCUUAAAUGGGUGUAUGAGGGAGUAUGCCCAAACUUUUUUAUUCCAGAAAACAACAUGUUUCUGAGUAAUAUCCAUGGUGAAGCACAAAAGAAUUUAUUCAUCAAGCUUCAUGAAUUGUAUGCGAGGGGUAUAGCAUCGGUGUUUUAUUGUCCGUCUAUCAGGUUUGGUGUUACAACUGUCCUUAAAAAGUCCAUUAGUAGAAUUGAGCAAAUUAUGAACACCAUGUCUUGGUUUGAAGAUGAUCUGUUUCAUGAGCUGAGUAGGAAUAGUAUAGCAGCAUCAGAGCUAUAUCAUUGUACGAGGUUCUUUAGUGCUGUAGAAAAGUUAAUAAUUUUACCCCUGACCCAGUACCAGGUUCUCCUGUUACGGAUGUUUACAGCCACUGUACUCCAGAGCACUGCUUUUAUCUUAUACAAGUUUUCAACCGGUUUUGCACCAUUCAAGAUAAAAUCAAGUUCAGUUUUAAACAAGCAGGUCUAUUUGGCUAACAAAGAAUUCAGUUAUAUGCUGAAAUUAGCAUCCAAGUUUGGGUGUAUUUCUGAUAUGUUAUAUCUUGCAAUGUUUUACUACAAGACACUUAGAUAUAAGAAAGCUAUAUCAGUUAUAGAGAUGACAAAUGUCAAGUUAGCACAACCAUAUAUAAUGUAUAUCUCAGAUAAAGAUUAUAAUGCAGGAAGAUGCAUUUUUAGUGAAUCUAUGAGGGGACAAUCCCGGUCUACAAAUAUAAGACAUACCGUAGCAAAAGAUUUUGUUUUGCCCAGUACAAUGUGUUACAUUAAUGAAUUAUUGCCAGAACAACAGUCUCUGUCACAGUAUGGACAACCUGUAUUAUUCAUCCCACUUUACGUUCUGUUACACAUGUUAGAGGUCUUGUGUUACAGAUAUGUAGACCCAGUGCGAGCACAAACAGCUCUUAAUGACCUACAGGACCUGGUCCACCAUGAUCAGAGGAAGUACAUUCGUUAUUAUCUACGAAACAUAUCCUGGCAGAUUCUAGGAAUCUGUCAACAGGUGACAGGGAACCAUCAAGCUGCUCUGUACUCCUACCAACAAGCUCUCAAACAUAUCAGUACAUCACACGACAUACAAACUGCUACAGUCAUGAGAAUACAGCAAGUCAGGGAACUUAUAUGCAGGGACCAUCAUUGA